UCAAAGUGAGUGGUCAGAAAAAGCAGGCUUUGGCGUGGGAUGCAUCAAGUGCUAGUAGACACCCAGUUUUAUCAUCCAAACACAGUUUAAAGAAUAUCGUAGGCUACAUGCAGAGUUGAUAAACAAAUAAAUAUGGAUAAUGCCGAUACCAACGAUCCAUACAGCCGACCCGCGCGCAGGACACAAUGGAUAGUAAGUACUUUGGCUUACCAUUAUGGAUUGGAUCGAGGAGUCGAGAACGAAAUAAUAGUUUUGGCCACAGGGUUGGAUCAGUAUUUGCAGGAGAUUUUCCAUCAUAUGGACUGUCAAGGAGACGGCAAAAUUCCUGUAGAGGACUUUAAUAUUUUAUGUAAAAUCUUAGGACUGAACAAAGACUCAAAUUCGGAGGAAUGUGCUGGUAUAUUGGACAAUUUGCCAAACGAGUUUACUUUUAGACAAUUUCAUGCAAAACUAUGUGGAUACUUCAGCACUAAAGCAGGGUGCCAAUACGAUAAUGGAAGAUUACUUGUUGGGAAGGAGAGCGAGCAUAUAGAAACGCAGAUCCGUCUCAGGAGUCCUUUGAGGAGGAGAGAAAGAUUAUUUUCUGUGGGCGUCGGUGGACGAAGGGGCCGAGGGUCUUCUCCUACCUCGGAAAGACAUGCAUCGGGUUGCAAACAACUGGGGUCGUGCCCACGGGAAUGUUACGAGGAAAUAGUGGCACUUGAAGAAGCUGAAGACAGGAUAACCAAACUGGAGGAGGAAAAUGCAAGUCUCAGAGAAUUAGUUGAGGACAUGCGUGCAGCUCUUCAGAGCAGUGAUGCCCGGUCGUUGGCCUUACAGGUGGGACUUUGGAAAAGUCACUCUAAACACAAACCAGAAGCUGGCUGUUUCAUUGUCCACCAGAAACAAACUGCUCAGAAAAAAAGCACGUACGGUUGCACUAAAACCAGCAGAUAUGACAGCCAGAAGAGCCUGAAUAGUUACCUCCACGAGGUAGAGUUGAUCUGCAGCUCUCAGGAUGGCCAGAUUGAGGAGGCCAUGCUGUGUAACCAGAAACUGGUGCAGGAGCUGCGGAGCUCCAGGGAGACUGUGGCUGCCCUGGAGGACUGUAACAAGUCCUUGAAGCAGGAGCAAGUGGACAUGAGGAGAAAGGUGGAAGAGGCCAGACAGGCAGUGCUCAGUGGCCUGGGCAAGGUGAAGGAGCUGGAGGCCAAAGCAAGCCAUGUCCCAGUACUCCAGCAACAUGUUCAGCAGAUAGAGUCUGAGCUCCUCUACUACAGAUCUGAGUUGUCCAAACUACAAAUCCCAUGCAGCACCAGGGCAAGGCAGCAGGUCACGGGCAGACCAGGACAGGAAUUCUGCCUGGACUCCCAGCAUGACCGGCGGUCUCCUACAGGGCGAGCAGAGACCACACUAGACAACAUGGAGGAGCAACUGUUCCGCUCUGUGGAGGGCCAGGCGGCGUCAGACGAGGAGGAGGACAAGUGGACAGGAGAGCAACAGAGACAGGUGGACGAGGUGAAGAGGAUUCUCACCAGGCUGUCCUGCUGUGGGGACAGGUGUGAAGAUAAGGCGGUGAAGAAGCUACUGUCCCACUUUGGAGGCUCCAGAAGCGAGGAGAGCCGCAGUGCUGUGGUGGAGCUCCUGGAGAAAGUCACCAGGCUGAACAAGCAGCUGGAGCUCAAGGAAAGUCAGGCUUGCAAGGCUGAGCUCGACAUGGACCAGAUGAAGGACUCUCUGGUGCAGGAGCUGCAGCAGAAGGCCGAGGAAGCAGAGAUGCUCCAGAUGGAGCUGCAGAUGCUGGAGACGGAGAGAGUGCGACUGUCCCUUGUCGAGGAGAAACUGGUGGAUGUUCUACAGCUCCUGCAGCAGCUCAGGGACCUGAAUGUGUCCCGGAGGUCUCUUGGGAAGAUCUUGCUAAGCACUUUGGAGUCCUGUAGCGAUCCUCAACAUGGGAAAGCCCACAUACUGGAGGUUCUCAACGCUCUGUAUCAUGAGCUGGCUGCCUGUGAGAUUCUGUCUUCUGGAGCACCACAGGAACAAACUAGCCAGUCCCUGAACGCUCUGGUCAUCUCCUGUUGAUCAAGCUUGCCACCUGCUGGACAGAAUAUAACUAAGCUCAAAGGAAUCAUACUGCUUUCCAUGUUACCUAAACUAUAUUUUAACCUUUGUGGUCAUGAAACAAUGUACAUAAUGUAUUAUACACUUAGCUAGCUCUUAUUUUCCUCAAGUCUUUAUCUGUCAAAAUGGUUAGACUUAGAAGAUACAUUGUCUGUGAGCUACACAUGCACUUCAGUUAGUCAUUCAUAACUUCUUUAUGUUCUCCUUGUCAACAUAAGAUAUUUUAUGUGACUGCAUUAACAUGGUAAUCAUGUACAUUUCUUUUUACAAAAUAUAUUUCAAUAACAAUGUUAUACAUUUGCAUUAUGCAAAAUGAAAAUGUUUAACGGAAGCAAUCCAUCUUUAUUUUCUUAACCUAUUCUGGGAAGGGUGGGGGUCAGUUGCUGGAGGUUUUAACUAGGGCAUUACCUUCACAAUGGUGCUAUCCAGUCUGUCCAAUCCCACAGUCACUCAUCCACACCAGCAUGCAAGCUUAUUUUCAGUGUGUGCCAUUUGAUUGUACUCAGCGUUAAAAAGUGAACAUUAAUUCUUAAUGUAAUAUUGCUUAUAUGUUUCAAACAUAGUGAAUAUAGGCGCUUUUGACAAAUUUGCCUUACAAAGGCUCCUCUUCAAAGAUGUUGUGGGAGUAUGAUCUAUUUUCAAUCAUCUGAUGUUCUUCUGGACAAACACUCAAUCUUGAGUUUCCUUUGUGGUCAAUAAA